AUGCAACAGCAGGAGACGGUCAAACCGCUAGUGGAGCGAAUCUUGGCUCAUCCGUUGCAGUUUCAAGCCGCUACAAAACCCGAUAGCAUCGAGAAAAAUGGACACUCGUGCAUAGUGAUCGGAGACUCGCAGAGAUCUACCGAACCAGGAAGCUCAUCGGCGAUGCGUGAAGGUUCAAAGCCUCAGGGCGACAGUUCCAAGAGCAAGUCUUGGAAAGCCUUGCCUAAAAGUAUCUCAGAGGCGCUAGAAAUGUACACUGCGAAAAAACCGGCCGCGGAAGACCUGACAUUGAGCGACGACAAGUAUCAGAGCUCGAGCAGCCAGGAUGGGUCUAGCGACUCGACUAGUGGCUCUGCAAAUGAAGAGUUUCACGAGGCAAACGAGUACGUCGAGCCGGAGUCCAGUAAUAAUCACCAAGGCGGCGAAAAAAGCGAAGAAAUUGAUGAAGAAACCGGCGAAGACAUCGGUGAAGACAUCGGUGAAGACGUUGGUGAAGACGUUGGUGAAGACGUUGAUGAAAACGUUGGUGAAGACGUUGGUGAAGACGUUGGUGAAGAUGUAGGCGAAGAUAUCGAAGCAAGCAUCGGAGAAGAAGAUGCUGAGGUUGUUGCUGAGGAUUCCAAUACUGGAAGUCUACAAGAAACGCCGGGCUCCGAAGCUAGCAGCCGCAGCGCCUCAAAUCAAGGCUCAGAGGAUGACGCCGAUUUUCAAGACGACGAAAAUGCAGUUUCCGAAUCAGAGGGUUCCGACAAUGACAUCCCCGAUACCGAGAAGCUGGGCCUUGUACGUGAGGCUCAAGAACAUGCUAAAAUGUCUGCUUUGAAGAGUGAAAUCGUUCCCAGUACCGUGGGUGAUGCAAUCACUGAAUCAACCCUCCAAGAGAAUGUGCAAGCCCCCACCAAUGAUGAAGAUGAAGACGAUUUGAAACAUAAAAUUCCUUCCAGCAAACUCCCUUCUCCUACUCCUCCCACAGUUCUUUCAGACAUAGACCAGUUUUACCAAUUCAAUGAACAAUUCGGCGACCGAGGCACCAAUAAAUCGACUCGUAUGCUAAAAAACUGGGGACCUCAGCUAUCGCAAAUGAGGCCUAAGGGUCUCUUGAAUCAUGGUGUCACUUGCUACACAAAUGCUGCGGUUCAGGCUAUGAUUCACGUUCCUGCCAUUCAGCAUUAUCUCUUUGACGUGCUUCGUGGUGAGUACAAGUCUACGAUACAACCUCAAUCGGUGACACAAAUACUGGCAGAGACCACCAAGAAAAUAUGGUCAUCUGAAUCUUCAAAAAGUCAAUUUGUAAAUCCUAAGAAGUUGAUUGGAAGAUUAGACGACAUCAACUGUAUGAUGAGCGAAUGGCAGCAAGAAGAUUCUCAUGAGUACUUUAUGUCCUUGAUGUCGAGAUUGCAGGAAGACGGUGUUCCCCGCGGUCACAAACUAACGGAGAGUAUCAUGUACGACAUAUUUGGUGGGCUUCUUCGGCAGGAAGUGACUUGUAAAAGCUGUGGACAAAUUUCAAAGACGGAACAGCCAUUUUACGAUCUUUCAUUGCAUUUAAAGGGAAAAAAAAAUACAGAGCUCGGCGACAGCGCCAAAAAUGAUGGGGAAGCUGAAGAAGCACCUCAACGUCGAUUUUCUAUUGAGAAAUCUAUUGCUGAUUUUUUCAAUCCUGAGUUGAUCAAAGCCGACAAAACCACCAAAGAGGGGUAUGUUUGCGAGAAAUGUCACAAAACCACGAAUGCGAUCAAGCAUAAUUUUAUUUUGCGAGCACCCGAAACUUUGCUCGUACACUUGAAGAAAUUCCGUUUCAAUGGCACUUCAUCCUCAAAGAUGAAGCAAGCCGUCUCAUAUCCAAUGUUCUUGGAUUUGACUGAAUUUUGUGAAGACUAUCAAUCUGCAAUUCCUGUGAAAUACCAGCUUGUGAGCGUGGUGGUUCAUGAGGGUCGCUCACUAUCAUCAGGCCACUACAUUGCUCAUUGUAAACAGCCGGAUGGCACAUGGGCUACUUACGACGACGAAUAUAUCAACAAGAUCACUGAAAGACAAAUGUUGAAAGAGCCUGGGGCUUACUAUUUGAUAUAUACCCGCUUAACACACAAGAGCAUGCCUCUAGCCCCAUUUUCGAAAGACUCAAAAACUAUCUCUAACGCUACGGCUCCUGAUACUAGCACAAGCACAAGCGCCCCCAACUUAUCCAAGAAAAAGAGAAAGAGUAAGAACAAAACGAAAAACAAAAAACGGCGGUUUAACAACUAA